UUGAAAACAUUUUCUAGUAAAGUUGAGAUCACGAGAAGUGCAAACAGCAGUAGAUUUUUAGUCCCCAACCAAGCACCUACAUCAUCACGAACCUCAGACCACGCAACUGCUACACGAACACCGUUACUUUUACUAUAUCAAUGAUGGGCCUCUUGGCUCAAACGGCACAGGCAUCUGCUCUUGCGGCACUGUCUAAUAUUCUUGCGCAGAUCAUAACGGCCUACCGUACAAACUCCCAUUUCCAGCUCGACUGGACACCCAUCCUGCGCUUCGUCAUAUUCAGUAUUCUCAGCACCCCACCCAACGUGCUAUGGCAAGAGUUCCUUGAGUCGAAGUUUCCUAGCAUGCGACCCAAGGACGAUCCUGGUGCAAAGAAGAGAGAGGAAGACACACCUACUGCAAUGAAGAAGAAAGAGCUGGACCCUGGCAACACUGCGACAAAAUUCUUGCUAGAUCAGAGCGUAGGAGCGGCGUUGAAUACCUGGGCUUUCAUCGCCUUCAUCAGAGGCGUAAACGGGGCGAGCAAAGGCGAGGUGUGGACUGCUGUUGUCGAGGAAUCAUACCCACUAUGGCUCGAUGGGCUAAAGGUAUGGCCCAUCGUGUCUUUGAUCAGCUUCACUGCCAUCCCGGUUGAGAAACGAGUCAUAUUUGGGAGUGUUAUUGGUGUAGCUUGGGGUAUCUACCUCAGCUUACUUACUGCAGACGUAUAAACAUAGCACAUCUAGUUUGUCUCACUUAGCUAGGCAUACCCGGGCGACAAUACCCACACAUUCAUAUGUCUGUGAACACUAGUCAGUGCUUACAUAAAUGAACAUUAUCUGAUC